ACCGCCAUUUCGUCACAAAAAAAUAAACAACUCAACCACUUACCACCCACAACCAAUUCGUCACUAAAAAUGGCUCCGAUCAAAGUUGGUGACACAAUUCCCGACGGAACCCUUGCUUAUUUCGACGAGAAUGAUGAGUUGCAACAGGUUUCUGUUCACACUCUCGCCGCCGGCAAGAAAGUCGUCAUCUUUGGUGUCCCUGGUGCCUUCACUCCCACUUGCAGUAUGAAGCAUGUCCCAGGCUUCAUUGAGAAAUCUGAAGAGCUUAAAGCAAAGGGUGUGGAGGACCUUUUGUUGAUUAGUGUGAAUGAUCCGUUUGUGAUGAAGGCGUGGAAGAAAUCGUACCCAGAGACCAAGAACGUGAAAUUCUUAGCCGAUGGGUCUGCAACCUACACCCAUGCACUUGGGCUGGAGCUUGACCUUGCUGAGAAAGGGCUCGGGGUCAGGUCAAGGCGGUUUGCUCUGUUGGUUGACAACCUGAAGGUGGUGGUUGCUAACGUUGAAUCAGGCGGCGAGUUCACUGUUUCCAGUGCAGAUGAUAUCUUGGCGGCUUUGUGAACUUCUUUAUAGUGUUUCAAACCUUUUCUUUUGAUGCAGUCUUUUUUUUUUGUAUUUGAAACUGAAUUCUGCUUUUUAUUAAGAUACAAUAAUUAAGGUUUGUGCUUGAAGCUGUGUUUUCUGGAAUGCUUGGAUCUUUAAACAUCAUGCUAUUCUAGCAUUUUUAAUAAAAAAACAAGUAAAUUCUUGUUUUU